AUGAAUCACCAUCGUUUGUUAAGCACAUCAUGCUCUCUAUCAAAAAGUGUUACCACAAAAUUGAUUAAACCUUUUUUUGUUCGCGAGACUCGGCGCCAGUUUAAGCCAUCAUUCACGAUUUCCCAAUUGCAGAAUAUCCGCUCACUCACGUCUACGCCCAAUUCGACAGAGUCGGAUACUUCCACAGCUCCAACUCGCCAAUACGGAUUUCUUUUCCAUAGCUCAGACUCUUCAUCUCCACAUUUUUCAUCGCAACUGAAAUCAACACCCAUACCGACACCGCCGACACCGCCGACACCAGUUCCUGCACGCAUUCUUCAACGAGCACUUUCUUUUGUUCCAGUAUAUGGAUGGACAGUAGAAACACUAUCUAAAGCUGCAGUGGCUGAGGGAUACCUGUCCGUGACCCAUGGACUGUUUUCGCGUGGCGGGGUAGACUUGAUUGAUUAUUUCCUGGAAGAUUGUCGGAGAAAGAUGAUAGAUGAAUUGAGUGGGAAAAUGGAUGGAUUGAAGACUCACGAGAAGGUCAAAAUGGCUUGUGUUGUGCGGUUGAACAUGAUGAGGCCUUAUAUAAAGAAAUGGCCUGAGGCUCUUGCUAUAAUGGCUCACCCAAGCAAUGUGUCAAUGUCUGUUGGACACCUUGCUCAGCUUGUAGACGAUAUCUGGUACUUGGCUGGUGACAAGAGUGCGGAUAUGAAUUGGUAUUCUAAGAGAACAGAAUUGGCGUUAAUAUAUUCCUCAACAGAGUUGUACAUGACACAGGACAAGUCCCCAAACUUUGAAGCCACAUUCAAGUUCCUGGACAACAGACUAACUGAUGUAAUGAGGCUAGGGAAAGCAAUCAGUGAAAUUGGCACUUUCGUGGAUUUUGCUACCAAAUCUGCUAUUGGAAUAUUAGCAUCGAAAGGGUUGAAAUUUCCAGGAAAUAGAUAA